AUUUGAAUGGCUCGAGCGGGCCCCGCGCGCGAGUAGAAGGCAUUAGUCGCUGCGCGAGGUGGCGGGGAUCGGUGAUUCUGUUGAGGACGGGCUGUGCCUCAACUUGCGGAGGUUACUCGGGAGGAUGGGGAUCAGCAACCGGCUGCUGUUCUGUCAGUGCACGGCCUAUCUGCUGGCCUUCGUGUUGGCGCUGUUCGCUGCCGUGCCGCUGGGUCAGGACCAGCACGAGCUGCGGGGCCGCUGCCCGCUGUACGGGGUGGGGCGCUGGCAGCGCAGCAACGAGAGCGGGGCUACCGGAUGCGCGCAGGCGUACUGCUUCCACGUGCAGCGCUGGGGCCCGCCGUCCGCGUGCCGCUACAGUCUCUUCAUGAGUAUCUUCAGCUGCGCCUACUCGGCGCUGCAGGGAUUCAGGAGCACCUACCUUCUCUGCAAGGGCUUCGAGGAAUCACUCUUUUCAGAAUUUGUAAGCAUGCUUCUUAGCUGCACCAUUGCUUUGCUGAUGCUGGUUGCCAGUGCCACAGUGAGUGAUGGCCUUAAUAUAUGGUGCAACUCAGUCACAAACAAGGGUAACAUAACCAUCAGCUGCAGAGAUGCCCAGGAAGAAUCUCUUAAUCUGAAUGCGGUUCCUACUUUGUUCUAUGACCACUUUGGUACUGCACAGGUUUUGAACAGUGACUUGAAGAAGGUUCUUAUUUUAUCUGGUUUGGAGGACAACUUGCAAGUUCCAGUCGAGUUAGAGGGAAGCCUACCUGAUCUCUCUCAGACCCUACACAUAUGAUUAUAUUAGAAUGGCAUCAUUGUUAGCACCAAUAUGGUGGGCCAAAAAGUCUAUACCUAUGUUCAGGGUGUAACCUAUUUGUUAGUGUUUGAAGAAUAUCAAAAUUGUAUUUCCUGAUUGUAGUAGUCUCAGCAAGACUAAGACAACUGUGUAAUUAGUGACUUGACCAUAUGUCCCAUAACAUCUCAGCAAUAGACUCUUGAAGAUUCAAUGCUUUGCCUUUUUGCCUUCAAGAAUAGCCCAUUGGCCAGUGUGUUUCUUUCAAAAUAGUAGGUUUAGUCUUUUUUUCCCCUCUUUUAAUGAAGAUUGUGUA